AUGACACAUACGAGUCCUCCACAUGUGAAACUUCUUCCGCUACUGAGACAGUAUCAUGCCCAACAGAGCAUGAUGGAUCUCUCAGCACUUAUGAAUACUGCUGUGCAAACGGAGACUGCUCCAGCAAUAGUUGCGAUGUCACAAAUCAUCAAUGCCUUGGAAUUGCUGAAGGAGAAGCCUGCACAUCAAGUGAGGAAUGUGAAAAAGACCUUUAUUGCAGUGGUGGUACAACUGGAACCUGUACAGCUGUCAAGAAAUCAGGAGAUUCAUGCACCUAUAGCUAUGAAUGCAAGGCUGGAUAUGGCUGCCUUUUAG